ACCCAGCAAGCUCUUCUUGGUGUGGAGCGGUGGACUGUGUGUGGUUCCUUUUACCUGAGGAUCAUGCAGAGAGCUUCACGUCUGAAGAGAGAGCUGAACCUGUUAGCCACAGAACCACCCCCAGGCAUCUCGUGCUGGCAAGAUAAGGACCAAAUGGAUGAUCUGCGAGCUCAAAUAUUAGGUGGGGCCAACACACCUUAUGAAAAAGGUGUUUUCAAGCUGGAAGUUAUCGUUCCUGAGAGGUACCCAUUUGAACCUCCUCAGAUCCGAUUUCUAACUCCAAUCUAUCAUCCAAACAUUGAUUCUGCUGGAAGGAUAUGUCUCGAUAUUCUCAAACUGCCGCCCAAAGGAGCCUGGAGACCAUCCCUCAACAUUGCAACUGUGCUGACUUCCAUUCAGCUGCUCAUGUCAGAGCCCAACCCUGACGACCCGCUCAUGGCUGACAUAUCCUCAGAAUUUAAAUAUAAUAAGCCAGUCUUCCUCAAGAAUGCCAGGCAGUGGACAGAGAAGCAUGCAAGACAGAAGCCGAAGGCUGAUGAAGAAGAGAUGCCUGAUAAUGCACCAGAGGCGGGUGGCUCAGAAGUUCCCAACACAGCCCAGAAGAGGAAAGCCACGCAGCUGGGAGGCAUAGAGAAGAAAUUCUGUCCUGAUGUCUAGG